AUGGAGCAGCCAAUCAGUGACGCUAAUGGUGGAGAAGGGAUCAGAAGAAGAUCCUGUGGUUGUGGGAAGGAAGAUUUUCUUCCAGAGGAGUCGUUUCAAAGUUGGGAAAAUUACACAAAAGCACUGAAGGCAACCCCGGUUCGUCUGCUCGACCGGCUCACAGCCCGGUCUGCCGACCACACCGAGCUCGUCGAGAUGAAGGCUCGAAGCCAGCAUCAGAUGAAGAAGACCCUCACAUGGUGGGACCUCAUGUGGUUCGGUGUCGGCGCUGUCAUUGGCGCCGGAAUAUUUGUCCUCACCGGUCUUGAGACUAAGAAACACGCCGGCCCCGCCGUCGUUUUGUCCUAUGUUGUCUCUGGCAUCUCCGCCAUGCUUUCUGUCUUCUGCUACACUGAGUUUGCCGUUGAGAUUCCGGCUGCCGGUGGAUCAUUUGCGUACCUAAGGGUAGAAUUAGGAGACUUCGUGGCAUUCAUCGCUGCCGGCAACAUCAUUCUUGAAUACAUUAUCGGUAGCGCAGCCGUAGCCCGUUCAUGGACGUCAUACUUUGCCACCCUCUGCAACCACCAUCCAAAUGAUUUCCGUGUCCAUGUACCGGCAUUCCCUGACGACUACAACCAACUCGAUCCCAUCGCCAUUGUCGUCAUCCUCAUCAUCGGCACCUUUGCCAUGGUGAGCACCAAAGGUUCCUCCCGCCUCAACUACGUUGCCUCGAUUUUGCAUGUUGUUGUCAUCCUCUUCAUCAUCAUUGCUGGGUUGACCAAAGCCAACUCGAAAAAUUUUACUCCCUUUGCCCCCUACGGCCCUCGUGGCAUCUUCGUAGCUUCUGCCGUCUUGUUCUUCGCAUAUGUUGGAUUCGACGCAGUUUCGACAUUGGCAGAAGAGACUAAGAAUCCAGCUAAAGAUAUCCCGAUUGGACUUGUUGGUUCCAUGGUGCUAACCACAUUUGCGUAUUGCAUUCUUGCUGUUACGCUAUGCCUCAUGCAGCCAUACCAACAGAUCGAUGCAGAUGCACCGUUUUCGAUGGCUUUUGAGGCUGUUGGAUGGGGUUGGGCUAAAUAUAUUGUGGCUGCUGGUGCGAUUAAAGGCAUGACCACUGUGUUGUUGGUCAAUUCGGUUGGCCAGGCUCGGUAUCUCACACACAUUGCUAGAACCCACAUGGUCUCCCCAUGGUUUGCCAAAGUCAAUGAAAAAACUGGAACUCCAGUGAACGCAACAGCAUCAAUGCUAAUUGCAACAGCAAUAAUUGCCUUCUUCACAACAAUGGAGAUCCUCUCAAACCUUCUCUCAAUUGCCACCCUCUUCAUCUUCAUGCUAGUAGCCAUAGGUCUCAUCGUCCGACGCUACUACAACAGCAGCGAAACGACUACGUCAGACCGUAACAAGCUCAUAAUCUGCCUAGUUCUGAUAAUUGGAUCUUCAAUCGCAACCGCUGCAUACUGGGGCACAAGCGACGGUUGGGUCGGCUUUGCGGUGACUAUUCCCACAUGGUUCCUCUCAACUCUAGCCCUAUGGCUUGGCGUCCCACAGGCCAAGAAGCCACAAGUGUGGGGCGUGCCAUUUGUCCCAUGGCUGCCUUCCAUAUCCAUUGCCAUCAAUUUUUUCCUUCUUGGGUCCAUUGAUAAAGCUUCAUUUGAAAGGUUUGGGAUAUGGACUGGGAUUCUCUUGAUUUACUAUUUCUUGUUUGGAUUGCAUGCAUCUUAUGACAUUGCCAUGGAGUCCAAGACCCAAGCAAGAGAAAUUAAUGGAAGUGUGUGA